GGAGAGAAAAAGGGGAGUUGGUCUCCUCUGGCCUGGGAUUUCUAUUGCUAUAAAGGGAGGAGCCCUUUAUGUUUGCAACUGGUACUUUGCAGAGUGUCCCUGCGUGGGUUUGUUGUGGUGCCCCGCCAGGGUGUUUGCAUAGGCUAAUGUAGUUAAUCCAGGUUCCUUGCCAGGAUCGGUUAGCUGGGGAGUGCUGCUGAUCCGGGAGGGAGGAGCAGAGAGAUGAUGUGCCUCCCUUGUGCAGCUGGUAGUUCGCAGACGGUCCCUUAGCAGGUGGGGCUGGCUUUCUGCUGCUGUUGAUAGUGAGAAGGACUGAGAUCUCAGCUGCCCUCUUGCAGAGUGGUGAUGAUAAUAGUAAUACUGAUAGAGCUUUUCAGCCAGAGAUUCCAAAGCACUUGCUAAAGGCAACAGCUCGUGCGAAUGGUUCAGUGCCUCGUUCCUGCACACUGGCCGCACCGUGAUGGCAGUGACUGACUCCAGCCGCCAGGACUGAGUGGGGAAGGCAGCGAAGGACCUUGGUCAGGUGUUUUGCAGGGUCUGUGUGAAGGCAUAGAUGGACAGCAUGUACUUGGCUGAGCCUGCACCCGGGGGUGCCAGCCCCGUCUCCCUGGAUGUCCUCAGCUUCCUGGACCCACUGGCAAACAGCACAGAGGAGCAGUGCUUCAGCGCCCGCUCCCGGAGCACGGUCCUGCAGGGGCUGCCAUUCGGCGGUGUACCCACCGUGCUCGCCAUCAACUUCAUCCUCUGGCUGCUCCUCCUCCUGGUCUUCUCCUGCCUUCGGAAAGCAGCUUGGGACUAUGGGCGCCUGGCCCUGCUGAUGGAUAACGACAGCUUGACGUCGCUGUUCUACGGGGAGCAGAGUGAGAAGGAGAAAUCACCGUCGGAGACCAGCCCGCCGGAUGUCGAUAACAAAGAUGUGGGAUUCUGCUCCUGGCUCAUUUCCAUCUACCAAAUGAAGGAUGAGGAGCUCCAGAGCAAGUGUGGGAUCGAUGCCACCACCUACCUCUCUUUCCAGCGCCACAUUCUGGUGCUGGUCAUGAUCGUCUGUGUGCUCUCUGUGGCUGUCAUCCUGCCUGUCAACUUCUCUGGGGAUCUCUUGGGAAGCAGUCCAGCUCAUUUUGGCCGGACGACCAUCACCAACGUCCCAACACAAGACCGUCUCCUGUGGCUGCACAGUAUCUUCGCUCUCAUCUAUUUCAUUAUCACCAUCUUCUGUAUGGCUCAUCACUCUGUCCAGCUCGAAUACAAGGAGGAUGAGAAGGUUGCCCGGACACUGAUGGUGACCCGGAUUCCCAAGGAAAUCACAGACUCCUCCCUUGUCAUCAAGCAUUUUCACGAGGCCUAUCCCAGCUGUACUGUCACCAACGUCCAGUUCUGCUUUGAUGUUCGCAAGCUGAUGAAGCUGGAUAGAGAGAGGCGCAAGGCAAUGAAGGGACGACUUUACUUCACCACCAAGGCACAGAAAGAGGGGAAAAUCAUGAUCAAAACUCAUCCCUGCGCCCGCAUCUUCUGCUGCCGCAGCUGCAGCUUUGAACAGGUGGAUGCUGAGCAGUACUAUGGGGAGCUGGAGGAGAAACUGACCGAUGAGUUCAAUGCUGAGCGCAACCGCAUCUCACUCAAGCGUCUUGACAUGGCCUUUGUCACUUUCCAGGAUGAUAGGAUGACAGCAGUGAUUUUGAAGGAUUAUAGCCGCAUCCAUUGCCGCAGGCACCCACAGCAAUCCUCCGUGACCACGGUGGUAAAGUCCCACAGCUGGGGCGUUCGCUAUGCCCCAGCCCCAAGUGACAUCAUCUGGGAGAAUUUAUCUGUCCGUGGCACGUCAUGGUGGGUGCGAUUUGUCCUCCUCAAUUUCUGCCUCUUCAUCCUCCUCUUCUUCCUCACCACACCUGCCAUCAUCGUCAACACCAUAGACAUGUUCAACGUGACGCGGCCGGUGGAGAGCCUCAAGAAUCCCGUCCUCACCCAGUUCUUCCCCACGCUGCUGCUCUGGGCCUUCUCUGUGUUCCUGCCAUUCGUCGUGUACUAUUCCGCCUUCUUUGAGUCACACUGGACCAGGUCGAAUGAAAAUCAGGUCACAAUGCACAAGUGUUACUUCUUUCUGGUGUUCAUGGUGAUCAUCCUGCCCUCGCUGGGGCUGACCAGUUUAGAUCUUUUCUUCCACUGGCUCUUUGACAUUCACUUCUUGGAUGAGGCAAAUAUCAAGUUCCAGUGCGUUUUCCUCCCUGAUAACGGCGCUUUUUUUGUCAACUACGUCAUCACGUCCAGCCUGAUUGGGACAGCCAUGGAGCUGCUGCGCAUCCCCAGCCUCAUCGUCUAUGCAACCCGCCUCUGCUUCGCCAAAUCUGAGCCAGAGCGGCUCCACAUCAAACGGAGCCAAGCCUAUGAGUUCCAGUUCGGGCUGGAGUACGCCUGGACCUGCUGCAUCUUUGCUGUCGUCAUGACCUACAGCAUCACCUGCCCCAUCAUCGUCCCCUUUGGUUUGCUCUACAUGCUGCUGAAACACAUGGUCGAUCGCUACAACAUUUACUACGUGUACAUCCCCACCAAGCUGAACCAGCGCAUCCACUCGGCGGCCGUCAGCCAGGUGGUGGUGGCACCCAUCUUCUGCAUGUUUUGGCUGCUCUUCUUCUCUGUCCUGCGUCUAGGUCCCAUCCGUCCCAUCACCCUCUUUACCUUCGUGGUUCUUCUAUCCUGCAUCCUCUUCUCUUUCUUUGGCCUGUGUCUGAAGAAACUGCAGCCAAGGAAGCCCUCCAGCUACCAGAUGUCCGAGCAGUCAGAAGGGGCCUUCAACGACACAGAAAGAAGCAGCAUCUCCUCAACCCCUAACUCAAAUAUGUUUGUGGCCACGGUGCUGCAGGAGCCGGAGCUGAGCCUGACGCCAGCUGCCUCCCCAGCUCACCAGUCCUACGGCACAAUGGGUAACCGGCUGGAGCCGGUGGAGAACAGCGAGGAGGGCGGCCUGCAGAGCUUUGAGACGGAGCUGGAGACUGUGGAGGGUGAAUUCAGAACCGGGCCCGUGCUGGAGGAGCAGGUCCAUUACCACUGAGCAGCCACCCGCAGCGGCAACACCAGCUGGACAGAAACACCGACAUCAAGUAUUGAGAACGCGGGGGGAACUCCAUCUUGUAGGGCCCAAGCUUUCUGAGCUGCCAUGCUGACCUUGCUACCAGCUCUCAGGCCCUGGUGAGAGUCCAGUGCCGCUCGCUGGCCCAGAUCCAACACUGCUGAAGAGCAACGGCUUUUCUGGCCUGCUAGAGCCCAAGCCCCAGUGCUGGGGUGGUGGCCACCUGCUCAUGCACACAGAUAUUACUGGGGUCUAGGCUGCAGUGGUGAAGCCAGAAUUGAACAGAGGGAGAGACCCCAGGAGGCCUCCUGCUUCCAUCCUGUGCUCAAGCUCUCAGCAGCUGGAGCUGAUUGCUUAGUGCAUAUCAUGCUCAGUAGCCUGCCUGCCAUCUCCUGGUUUUCCCUUCUCCUGGAGUCAGGGUCAGUCGCCGCAGACCUCAGGCACCCCCCUUUGCUUUCUCCACCUUUCCCUCUGGCUCAGCAUCUCUUUGGGAAGGAGGGGUGCAGUAGAGUGGGUGGUGCCCAGACAUUGGGGCGGG